UGCUUCGGUCGCUACAAGCUACGGCAUUUUGUUGGCGAUAUCCGCCGCAGAUUCUUCAAGGUGUCCUUUGUGGAUGGCUCAAUCUACGUUGCCAAAUGCAGGCAGCGGUGUCUUCAGCCACCAGCCCACGCAGAAUCGCUCCGUGGUGCUGCAGCUGCCAGCUCGCUUAGCGGAGCUCUCGCAGCUGUCUUCCUACGUCUUCGGGAUGCAAAGUGAUGGUGAGGCGAUGAGCCAAGUGAUGCUUGGUGUGGGUUCUUUGGUGAAUCACGGUGCAUCCAAUCAGCAGGUCAACUGCGAUCUGCAGCUGGAUUACCAGGGUUUCGGAAUCCUGAGGGCAAGGAGGGAGAUCACACCAGGGGAAGAGCUCUUCAUUUCUUAUGGCUCCAGCGAAUGGUUUACUGACCGCGGCUUGGUGUCGCAGCCGGUGCAGACACCCGUCGACAGGCAAGCUGGAGGCCAUUGCUUGAGCCACUUGCAGCCAGAUCCGUCGUCAUUGGCCCUUCUGGCAGCGUCCCAAAUCGUGGCUGAGGAACACUUGAGGACUCCAGCCUUUCUGAUCGCUUCAGAUGUCGCCCACGAGUCGAUGCUACCAUAUGCCCUGGUAGUUGAAGAGGUGAUGAUUUUGCCGCUUUGGCCUGGGCGCUUGGCCAAGGAAGACAAACAGCACCCUGCGAACGUGAGGCUUGAAGUAUUGGCUGAUGGCCUGCCGGUACAUUUGGCCAAUGUCAAGGCUCAUGACGUUUGCGAUUCAACUGGGACGCGCAUCGAUGUGGUGAUGACUGCCCUGCGAGACAUUUCCAAAGGAGAGCGGCUCAUCGCUGCAGAUUGCGCGGAAGGCUGCCUGUUCCCUUCCGGUUGGGCUACCAACCUGACUGAACGGAGGCAACAAGCUGCAGAAGCUGGUGAUGUGCGGGCUCAGUUUCAGCUAGCCCAACGCUGGCGGCAAGGAGUUCCCUCGGCUGACAUGGCAAACAGCACUGAGGCUUUGACUUGGUACCUUCAAGCGGCCAAGCAGAACCACACUCAAGCCAUGCUACAGCUGGGUGCUUUGCUCCACGAUGGUGAUAGUCUGCACCCGGGCAACGCCUCUUCAGCCUUUGAUUGGUAUCUUGCAGCAGCACAACGGGGUAGUGCCACUGGACAAUUUCUGGUGGGUUUGGCUUACAGCAACGGAGAUGGCGUUGCCAAGAACAUUUCCAAGGCUAGCAAGUGGUUGAGUUUGGCGGCAUCGCAGGGCAGCUCCAAUUUUGCCAAGGCAUCCAAAGCGAUGUAUAACCUGGCUAUAUUCUACCGAGAAGGUUUGGGAGUUGCAAGAGAUGUUGAGAAGGCUUUCUACUGGUGCAGAAAAGCGGCAGAGCAAGGUGACCACGACAAGGCCAUGUACAACCUCGCCACAGCCUACAGCCGUGGCGAUGGCACAUAUGUUGAUUUCGAAGAGGCAGCCAACUGGUAUCAGCGCGCAGCUGAUAUGGGACACACCAUGGCUCAGUACAACUUGGGCUAUUCGUACUUGGUGGGCCAGGGUCGACAAACCAAUGCCACUCUUGCAGCCCAGUGGUUCCGACGGGCUGCAGAAGGCAACAGCAGCAAUGGCCAAUUCAUGAUGGGAUUGCUGCAUAGCCAAGGUCGCGGUGUUGCUGCGGAUCCCGAGAUGGCAGUGCAAUGGUACCGACGAGCUGCCGAACAGGAUCAAGGCCAGGCGCAAUACAAGUUGGCAGCUGCGCUGGAAGCAGGCCAUGGCGUGCCAAGCGACCAAGCAGAGGCAGACUAUUGGUAUGCUAAGGCAGCAGUUCAUGGCUACAGGCGGUCACACCUCAGCAGCUUGUGGCAUUUCGUGCGUGGCAUUUUCAGCACUUUCUCUCGGACAAGCAGAGGAAAAGAGUUGUGAAAA